UCUACAGUCACAUGGAGUUUAGUAGUUGACUGUGGUUAGUGAUAUUGCUUUGUGUGGAAGGUUGUCAAAAUUUUUGUGUAGUUGUAGCUCUGUGACAGGAAAGGUGAUCGUGAAAGGUUUAGUGAUGGCAGGGCAACGCUAUUUAAGUAAUCAGAAUAGCCCUUUUUUCGCCAUAGAGGAUGAUGUUGAUGAUGAAACGUUCCUACGAAAUUCGAGAGUUGGAAAAUCAGGUUAUAAUCAAGAUAGGGUAGAUUUAGAAGACAGGAGACAACAGUUGCUUGAGAGAAAACGAGAAAUAGAAGAAAGAACUUUAGCGUCUUCCAACAGGUCCAUUACAAUGUUGCGGGAUUCGGAACAGAUUGGAGUUGCGACAGCAGAAGAACUAUUGCGUCAAAGAGAGCAGUUGGAACGUACAGACAAGAGACUGGAUGAUAUUAACGCAACUCUGCGAUUCAGCCAAAAACAUAUUCAGGGCAUCAAGAGUGUAAUGGGCAGUUUGAAGAAUUACUUCAGUGGAAAAUCUAACGAACAGCCUCCUGGUUCCAAAGAAAAAUCUAGUAUCGAUGCUGAUAACAAGACCAAAAGUCCAUUAGUUGACACUAUUGAUAGAACAAGAAGCGCCCCUGGCUUAGUCUCACCAGUUGAUUCUCAUCCAGGUCUACGAACCAGAGGAUUAACAACUGAUACCUUCGCCUCGGCUGACACUAAUGAUAUGAGUGACAUGCAGUUAGCUUUGGACCGUAACUUGGAAGAAAUGUGUGGUUCAUUGUCUCGGCUGAAAGGUUUGGCUGCUGGGUUAGGGGAAGAAAUUGACUCUCAGAAUGAGCUACUUGAUAAAAUAACAGACAAAACAGACACAGCAGAUACCACUUUGCAGCGCCAAAAUAAGGAUAUGCGUCGCUUGCUGGGCAAGAAAUAGUGUGUUGGUGACAACAUAAUAGGACAGUGGGACCUUACAAAGAUGGAAACUUGAGCUGCCAUUACCAUCUUGUGGUGUGAAGAGUUCUCUUGGUGUGUUUCUUAUGAAACAGUUUGUUUCCUUCCAGUGAACACUGAAAUUUAUUUACAUGGAAGGUGGAAAUUUGUGUCAGUUUUUAAAGUGAUUUUUUUCCUUAUGAAAUCUGACACAUGUAAAAACAAGCACAGCUUAGUGUAGAUGUCAUUAUGCAAUCUCAGUGAUAUGUUAAUUCAGCAAGCUAUGUUAAUUUGUUAAAUGUUUUGAUGAGACCUAUUGUUCAGUCUGUGUUGAAUGCAUCAUUUUUGUGAUGUGGUGAGAGAGAUUGUAGGGGAGGCUACAAGGUGUGUGUGUGUGUGCGCGCGUGUGUGUGUGUGUGUGUGUGUGUGUGUGUGUGUGUGUGUUUUUUUUGGGGAGGGGGGGGGGUGGUACUGAAGUACUUAGUUAUUUUUCCUAUUCCAACAAAAGUCUUGGAAGAAUGUAUUAAAUUUCUGUAAAUAAUAGCAACCUUGUUUUCAUGUUUUUUAUUUGAGAAAACAUUGAUGUGUUUCUGUGUGAUAGCAUACAGUAAAAUUGAUAUUAAUUGUUCAAAUGAAUGAAGAUUUUAUGAA